AGUCCAUGUCAUCGUCGCCAUCUUCCGGAAGCUGUGCUAGCAACAUGGCUAACCAAGUCGUUUGUUAAGAGAAGAAAACUCUUCUCCUGUCGUGCUGCGUGGGAACCGUUUACCUCCUCCUCUUUGUGCAAUACACAUGUUUUUGAAAUGAAGACCGUGUUUCUUGUGCAGACUUUUGUCUUUGUGUGUUUUUCGGUUUUAAGCGAAGUGAGAGCGAAGAAUUCUGAGGACAUCCGCUGCAAAUGCAUCUGUCCACCAUACAGAGAUGUCGAGGGGCAGAUCUACAAACAGAAUGUUUCUCUCAAAGACUGUAACUGUCUGCAUGUAGUGGAGCCAAUGCCGGUCGAUGGAAAAGACGUGGAGGCUUACUGUUUACGUUGUGAGUGUAAAUAUGAGGAGAGAAGCUCAGGCACUAUUAAGGUCACCAUCAUAAUCUACCUGUCCAUUUUGGGCCUGCUGCUGCUCUACAUGGUCUACCUGACUCUCUUGGAGCCCAUCUUGAAGAGACGCCUGUUUGGACACUCGCAGCUCAUCCAAAGCGAUGAUGAUGUCGGGGACCAGCAGCCUUUUGCAAACGCUCACAACGUCCUGUCUCGCUCACACUCGCGACCCAACAUGCUGAACAAAGUUGAGCACGCCCAGCAGCGUUGGAGGAGGCAGGUCCAGGAACAGAGAAAGUCUGUGUUCGACCGCCAUGUCGUCCUCAGUUAAAGGUGGAGAGGUCAAAAAACACACAAAACAACAACAACAACAACACACUGUGACGGAGGCUGUGACUUGUAUCUCUUCCCUUUUCUCAUUCUGUGGUUUGUACCUCCGUAAGUGUUGAGCUGAAGUACAAAGUCGAUCAAAAGUGACAGCACAAGAGAUUACAUAGGGUUUUUUUUGUUGUUUUAGUUUUUUCUUUUCCUUUCCUUAACAUUGUUGCACUGUGUUCAAUGAUUCGUGGGAACUCAUGCACAGACGCGCCAAGUCUCUGGGGAAUAUAUCAUGAAAAUGUGACUAAUAAAUGCCAGAUAAAAACUUUUUACAAGACAAUGAUUUGUUGGGCGUGCUGGCCCAGCACCACAUUGGAUCAAAGCUGAUCCACCCUCGUAUGUUCUUCACUCGAAACUUCGAAACUGGCUCUUACAGUACAAUAUGCAAAGUCUUGAAGGUCUUUGUAAUCAGUAAUUCAAUAUUUAAUAUAUUUGACAAUUUUACCGAACGUAGAUACUGGCAUAGGUGAUCUAUAGUAAAUCUGUUAUUUCUCUGUAAAUCCUUUGGUGACAUUUGGAAUGAUUAUUAUUUGUACUGUAUGCGCCUGACGUCCACCAGAGGGAUUCUUUGUUGGGACAGGAAGUUAAUCAGAGCUGGCAAAUGUGAACAUAAUGAGAGAGAUGUAGAAAGGUUCCAAUUUAGUGAACUUGAAUUCCUUUUAUCUCGGUCCUAAAUAACACGUCUAGUUGGCCACCCGCCACUGGAGCGACACACUGGAGUUAUUGUGAGUGUUUUCUUAACCAUUGUGUGUAUAUGUGUGUGUACCUUUCAGCUUUGAAAUAAAUGGCCGUGAAUAUUG